AUGCAUUGUAUGAAGUAUUUCGGCGUCAUCGCCAUCCUUGCAUCCAUGGGCUUGGCUGUGCCCAACCCUCCAAAGCCCCCGAAACCCACAGAGCCGGCAAAGCCAACUGCGACCGUUGUUAACCAAAGCAACAUAUGCGGCAACAACAAUACCCCAUACUGCUGCUCCACGGACAAAGAGGGGAAGACCACCUGUACUGCCAUGGGGGCCGGCAGCUCUCAGUGUGGCACAACCAUCGUGUGCUGCAAUGCCGCCAAUAGCGUCCAAGUAUGCUUGGGAAACGUCAAUAUCAAUCUCUAA